AUGGCCCGUCCAAAAACUAUGAAACCACACAUAGUACGUAAAGAUGCUCGGGAUGAUGAAGCAUCACAACCAAGAUGUUCAAAUUGUGGUACCAUGACAACACCACUAUGGCGUCGGGAUGAAGAAGGUCAAACAUUGUGUAAUGCUUGUGGUUUAUAUUUCAAAUUACAUCAUGAGAGAAGACCGUUAUCGAUGAAAACGGACGUAAUAAAGAAACGUCAAAGAUACGAAAAUGGUCAAACUCCUAAUCGUCGAGCUGUAAAUCAAGAUUCAAAGCCACUAACAAUAUUUCCCAAAGCUAAUUUAAAAAAUACUAAUUCUCCUUCUUACAACUCGAACAAUUCCAAUACUUCCGCUAAUUCUACCUCUAUAAAUAUGGCAACGUCAUCUAACUCUACCACUUCUAGCAGCAGCAGCAACACCACGAUUAAUAAUAAUGUUACUAAUAACAUUGUUCAAUCACUUUCAGUAUAG